AUGGCCCGCCGCGGACGAGACGACCGCUGGCCACACGCGGCCAUCAUCACGCUGCGCACCUUCCAGCUCAUCUUCGCCGUUCUCAACCCCUUCAUCUGCGCGAUGUUUGGCAGCGGCUUCUUCCUGUACACCUUCGGCCUCGGCAUCCUCACAGUCAUCUACACCAUCACCUGCCUCAUCUGCUACUGCUGCGGCAAGAUGCACCCGCUCUCGCUGGCCAUCAUCGCCUUUAUCGCCUGCUUCCUGUGGAGAUUUUGGCGUUGCGAGCGCGGGGUACUGGCGGUAUGGGUGGUUCUUGCUUAUUGCGACGACGGUGGUUGCGGGGUUGGUGGUGAGGGCGGAGAGGAAGAAGGCGAAGCGGGUGGCGGCGGCGGCGGGGGUGGCAGCGCCGGUGAUGGAGGGCGCGGUGGUGCCGGUGGCGCCUGGGAUGGUGGAGGCGGCGGUUUGAAGGAGGGGAUGGAAAGGCUUUAUGAGACUGUUUGUAUGUGGUGUAAGUAUGCUAAGGUUUAA